CUAAUGGGACAGAGCACUGCGCUGAGCUCUGUGUCUGUGGGAGGUCAUGCACGUGAAGCCCCAAUAAUUUUUGCCAUCCACUGUGGAGUAGGUCCGAUUUGCCAGCCCCUUCUCCUUUGUUUCCAUGCCAAAUUCCACUACAAUUAAGAAUCUCUCCGUCCAUCCUCCCUAUUCCCUUUCCUUUUCCUUCUUCCUUCUUCCUUCUUCCUUCUUCCUCCUCCUCCUCUCCUUCCCAACUCUUCGAUGAGUGUUCUGAUGGUCGGGAUCAGAGCUGCCACCUCCUGGUUUGCCUUCCUUCCUCUUGUUCUUGUGGUUGCUGCAGGCGGUGGUGUUUCUUUUCUUGGAGAGAAGAAAGUUCUUGUUUUGCGGCCGCGAUUUCAGCUCGAGGUUACUAAAACUUCUGAGAAAUGCCUUCCGCAGAGAUCGAGAAGAGUAGCUGGUGCAACAAUCUUAGAAGUGAAGCAACAAGGAAGAAAGGACGCGACUUGGAAGGUUUUAGCCGGCGACAAUGCCAGAGUUCGAUCUUUGCAGUCCCGGUUGGGCUUGGGCAAUACAGUGGCAAACAGAGCAGAAGCAGCUUCACUAGAAGCUCGACUCCCUCUCAACUCCGGAGCCAAGGUUCAAACUCAGAACUACAUCGUCACAAUCGAGCUCGCCGGCAAGCAGAUGACGGUGAUAGUGGACACCGGGAGCGACUUGACCUGGGUUCAGUGCGUGCCGUGCAAGUCCUGCUACAGCCAGGAAGACCCUCUCUUCGACCCUGCCGCCUCACCUUCCUACCAGCCCAUCCCGUGCAACACUUCCACCUGCGAUUCCCUACGGGCGGCCACUGGAAUCUCCGGCGUGUGCGGCUCCGACCGGCCGAGCUGCAACUACGAGCUCAGUUACGGGGAUGGAUCCUACACCAACGGCGUGUUGGCCAGGGACAGCAUCAGCUUGGCUAGCGUCUCAGUGGAAGGGUUUGUGUUCGGGUGUGGGCGAAGCAACGGAGGCAUGUUCGGCGGGACUUCCGGUCUCAUGGGGCUCGGCAGGGCUCAGCUCUCUCUGAUCUCUCAAACAACACCUCGAUUCGGAGGUGUCUUCUCCUACUGUCUCCCAACUCAGGAAUUCGACUCAUCGGGCUCCUUGAUCUUGGGCAGUGCCUACGAUACCUUCAAGAAUUUGACACCAGUCGUGUUCACUAACAUGCUUCCUGACUCAUCCUCCUACUUCCUCAACCUCACCGGCAUGAGCAUCGGUGGAGUGGCACUUCAAGACCAAUUCAGCACCAAGGUGUUGAUAGACUCCGGGACAGUGAUCACUCGGCUUGCCCCUUCAGUCUACAAACUGGUGAAGGAUGAAUUCUCGAGGCAAUUCUCCGGGUUCCCGCCCGCGCCGGACUUUUCAAUACUAGACACUUGCUUCGACUUGGCUGGAUACAAGGAAGUGAGCAUCCCAAACAUUAGGUUUGCGUUCCAAGGGGAUGCAGAGGUUGAAGUGGACGUCAGUGGUGUGCUCUACUUGGUGAAGCAAGAUGCAUCUCAAGCAUGCUUGGCCUUCGCGAGCCUCGCUUAUGAGGAUGAGGUUGGGAUCAUUGGGAACUACCAGCAGAAGAAUCUGAGGGUGGUGUAUGAUACCGUGGGAUCGAGGUUAGGAUUUGCAGAGGAGAAUUGUGGGUAUAGUUGAUCAAAAGUUUGAACUUUGUAAAGAUGUUGUUGGUUAUGAAACUCUACUGUGUUUGUGACUGUGUCGUAGACUGUAAAUGUAUGUUCAUCAAACUACUCACUGUUCUAUUGAUUUAA